AUGGUUUCUCGUACGGAGAAAGUGAUUGAAUUGCUAGGUUUAGGGAUGGAUAAUGCUCGUGUUGUAGGUAUUUGGGGAACGAGUGGAAUAGGCAAGACUACUAUUUCCAGAUCUGUUUAUGAUCGUAUCUCUUGCCAAUUUGAAGGUUACAGCUUUAUUGAGAAUGUUAGAGAAGUUUUAGAAAAAUGUGGUUUAAAAACUUUGCAAGAACAACUCAUUUCUAAAAUCUUAAUGGAAAAGGAUUUGAAGAUAGGAAGUGAUGGUCAUGCAGUAUAUAUGAUAAGAAACAUAUUAUGUCAUAAAAAAGUUCUUAUCGUGCUUGAUGAUGUGGAUGAAUCAACCGAACUCAAAAAAUUGGUAGGAGAGUACGAUUGGUACAGUUUUGGAAGUAGAAUCAUUGUAACGACUCGAAAUCAGCAUGUGUUAACUAGAUAUGGCAUAAAACAUAUCUAUGAGGUUGAGCAAUUAAGAGAAUAUGAAGCUAUAGAACUCUUUGAAUCGAAAGCCUUUGGGAAACACCGACAAAUGGGAGGCUAUGGAGAGCUUGUCCGUCAUGCAGUAAAGUAUGCUAACGGAGUCCCUUUAGCUCUCGAAGUUUUGGGUUCUUUUCUUUGUGGUCGAAACAAAGAUGAAUGGGAAAGUUCAUUAAAUAGAUUGAAAAAAAGCCCUCUCAAGGAAGUUCUACAAGUACUUAGAAUAAGUUACGAUGCAUUGGAAUUGGAAGAGAAAGACAUAUUCUUAGAUAUUGCAUGUUUUUUCAAAGGGAAGGACAAAAAUGAUGUUACAAAAAUACUAGAAAGUUGUGGCUUCCACCCAAUUAUUGGAAUAGAUGUUCUUGUUCAAAAGUCUCUUAUAACUAUCUCAAGCAAUAAGCUGUUGAUGCAUGAUUUGAUACAAGAACUAGGGUGGCAUAUUGUUUGCGAGGAAUCACAUAAAGAGCCUGGAAAGCGCACUAGGUUAUGGUGUGAUGAAGAUAUAAAACCUGUAUUGAUGGACGAUACGGGAACAAACAAAGUGGAAGGCAUAGUUAUGCAGUCUAGUGACCUAAGAGAUCCAGAUCCAAAGGACAUUCGGUUUCUAAAACAAUUGAAGUUGAGGCCUAAAGCUUUUGCAAAGAUGUCGAACUUGAGGAUUCUCAAAAUUUGUUGUAGGCACCUCUCAGAAGAACUCAAAUAUCUUCCUAACAAAUUAAGGUAUCUUGACUAG